CUGUAUAAAUACAGAACGGCAAGCUCACUCCACCUCGUUGGUCACCUGCAAGUCCUUGCUGUCUGCUCCAGUCUCACCAUGAAGAUCUUUGCAAUAAUUGCCACCCUCGCAGUCAUCUCAGGCUGCCAGGGGAAGAGUUUCUUCCAGGAUGACUCGGCGACGACCUGGGAGGAAUUCUUUCAAGACUAUAUCACAGAGCUGAAUACAAAGGCUGACGAGAUAGUGAAGGACAUUAGGAGCUCCCAGAUCAGCAGAGAACUGGAAACCCUGAUCCAAGACAGCAUGGCCGAGCUGGGCGCAUAUAGAACCAACCUGGAGGACAAGCUGGUUCCGUACACUCGGAAAACCGCUGAACGUCUGGGGAACGACCUGCAAGGCUUGCUCGAGCUUCUCCGUGUGCGUGUGAGCGACGCCAGAAAGCAGGUGGAACAGUACCAGCAGGAACUGCAGAGCAUAGUGGAGCAGAACUCCGAGGAGGUCAGAGUCAGGGUCGCCACCUACACUCACAAAUUGAAGAAGCGCCUCAACAAGGAUGCCGUGGAGAUCCAAAGGCAGGUUUCCAACUAUUUGCAGAAGCUCCACUCACGCACCACAAACAACAUCGAGGACUUAAGGAGCCGUAUAGAUCCUUAUGUUGCUCAGGUGCGAGACAGCACCCAGGCAAAGAUCAACACCGUGAAUGAUCUUGUGAGGUCCCAGGUGGAAAGCAUGAAGGACACCAUUCAGACCACGGCGGAGGACAUCACAGCACGCUAUGAAAAGACCUCCCAGGACAUGUACAACACCCUGCAGGAGAAGGUGGAGGAGCUUCGCAGCUGGUUCCAGCCUUUGGUCUCCAUGUUCAAUGACAAUAUGUAAACCAAUAAUCUAAAAAUCUUCUACCACUUUGCAGAUGUAAAAUGAUGAUUAUGUGGUUUACAAAUAAAGAA